CCGCGCCUGCGCAGUGGCAAGCUCGGCGCGUCGCGGUUCGCGCCGCAAGAGAUGCGGCGGCUCAUGGCGCUGGCUCGGCCGGAACGCUGGAGGAUCGGAGGUGCCGUGGGCCUGCUGCUGGUCUCCAGCGCCGUGACCAUGACGGUGCCGUUUGCCAUCGGCCGCGUGGUGGACAUCAUCUACCAGGAGGAGGCAGACACUGCCCGGCAGCGGCUCAUCACCAUCUGCCUGGCGCUGGGUGGCGUCUUCAUCGUCGGCGCCGCCGCCAACUGCGGCCGAGUCUACCUCAUGGGCAUCUCAGGCGCCCGGAUCGCGCAGCAGCUGCGCGUCUCCGUGUUCGGCGCCCUGCUGCGCCAGGAGGUGGCCUUCUUCGACCGCAGCCGGACGGGCGAGCUGGUGAACCGGCUGUCGGCCGACACGGCGCUCGUCAGUCAGUCGGUCACCAUGAACAUCUCGGACGGCCUGCGCGCCACCGCCAUGGCCUCCGCCAGCGUCUCCAUGAUGUUUUACGUGUCGACGAAGCUGGCGCUGGUGGGACUGAGUAUCGUGCCGCCGGUGGCCAUGGUGGCUGUCGUUUAUGGCCGAUACGUGCGCAGGAUCACGAGAGCCGUCCAGGACGGCCUAGCUGAUGCCAACGCCGUGGCUGAAGAGAAGCUGGCCAAUAUUCGCACAGUGCGCGUGUUCGCGCGCGAGGACCACGAGGCCGAGGGGUACGCUCGCAGCACGCGUGACGUGCUGGCCUUGUGUCAGCGCGAGACGUUGGCACGGGCCGGCUUCUUUGGAAUGACGGGGCUCAGCGGCAACAGCGUGAUCCUGGCCGUGCUCUACUACGGCGGCUCGCUGGUGGGCGCCGGCCAGGUCACGGUCGGUGACCUCUCCGCCUUCCUGCUGUACGCCGCCUACGUGGGCGUGGCCGUCGGCGGCCUCAGCUCGUUUUACUCGGAGCUGCAGCGCGGCCUGGGCGCCAGCACGCGGCUCUGGCAGCUGGUGGACCGGCAGCCGCAGCUACCAUACUCGGGCGGCGCGCGGCCGGCCGCCCUCCGCGGCGACCUGCGGCUGCAGGACGUCACGUUCGCCUACCCCAGUCGGCCCGAUGACCUGGUGUUCCGCGGCCUCAGCCUCAGCGUCACGGAAGGCUCGGUGCUGGCAGUGGUCGGGUCGAGCGGCUCUGGCAAGUCCACGGUGGCCUGGCUGCUGCUGCGGCUGUACGACCCGCUGGAGGGCCGCGUCACACUGGACGGCAACGACGUCCGCGAGCUGGACCCCAUGUGGCUGCGGGACCAGAUCGGCGUCGUCAGCCAGGAGCCCGUGCUGUUCUCCACCUCGAUCCGCGAGAACAUUCUGUACGGCGCCAGCGUGGCCAGCACGGUCACUGAGCAGCAGCUGCGCGACGCCGUCGAACAGGCCAACGCCGCAGAGUUUGUCGAUAGGCUCCAGGACGGUAUGGACACGCUGGUCGGUGAGAGGGGCGUGAUGCUGUCCGGAGGUCAGAAGCAGAGGAUCGCUAUAGCCCGCGCCAUACUGAAGAGCCCGCGGCUGCUCAUCCUUGACGAGGCCACCAGCGCGCUGGACUCCGAGAGCGAGAGCCUGGUGCAGGAGGCGCUGCAGCGGCUGAUGCGGGGCCGCACCGUCAUCACUAUCGCCCACCGGCUCAGCACCGUGCGGCGCGCCGACGCGAUCGCCGUGCUGAGCGGCGGCGCCGUGGUGGAGCAGGGCUCCUACGACGAGCUCAUGGCCAGGAGUGACGGCGUCUUCCGGCGGCUGGUGGAGCGGCAGACCAUCCAGAGCUGAGAGCUCUCCAGAGCUGCUGGUCAGGAGUGACGGCGUGUUCCGGCGGCUGGUGGAGCGGCAGACCAUCCAGAGCUGAGAGUGACGGCGUCUUCCGGCGGCUGGUGGAGCGGCAGACCAUCCAGAGCUGAGAGCUCUCCAGAGCUGCUGGUCAGGAGUGACGGCGGCUUCCGGCGGCUGGUGGAGCGGCAGACCAUCCAGAGCUGAGAGUGACGGCGUCUUCCGGCGGCUGGUGCAGCGGCAGACCAUCCAGAGCUGAGAGCUCUCCAGAGCUGCCGGGCAGGCGCGCGCACAGAGACGGCAGGCCUCGUAGGGCUGCCGGCUCGGGGCACGGAGCGCUUCGGUUGCCCAAAGCCCGUUGUUUAUGAAGUGGAAAAUCGCCUGGACUCGAGGACUGGGAUUCUGUGGGCGGAAUGAUAGACUCCAAAGCAUGUGACGCGAGGCACAUGGUACCGGGGCUUUAUGCCCCAACACUACACGAGCCCUGGACGUUCCUCCGGGCUGGUCCCACUGCGUCACGGCCGGUCAGCUACGGGAUAGGGCGAGCAGUUUUGGUCCUGGUCGCCAUCCCCAUAGCCAAAAUAAUUGUUAUUUAACGGCUCUGGUAGGACAAUUCGGGUCUUUUCUUGUUCUGACUCGACACGAAAUUCAAUGGCCCGGGUAUGAUCGUCGACCUGACUCCUUUGGGCUCAAACACCAAGCAAAGCAGUCAUAAUACAAGCAUCAUAUUGUAGUGUUUAUUUUUGACAAGCUUCGCAAAGACGAGGCGCUAGUUGUCACACGGUAAGCUUACGUAGGUGUGGGUGUACAUGCAAUGGCUUUUUGUAGGGAAUGCACCGGGUAUACGUCCUCCCCCCCCCCCCCCGCCACCCCCUGCCCCAGCUCGGGACAAUACUGUUCAUUUCUUCUUUUUUGGAGGAAGCUAAGAUGGAAAAAAUGUUGUUCAAUACGUUACUUUUUGGUUAGUCUGCGCCAUGAUGGGUUUUUCGACUCUCAUUUACUAAAAAAUUUAUUAAUUGGCUCAUUCAUUCAUCCAUUUGCACUGAUGAGUUAUGCGCCAUGUAAUGGUUCUGUAGCCGGGUAUUAGAAGGAUUGUGAGUCCUCUCCAUAUAGUGAUAUGGACGCCUUCAGAGCGUUGCCCUAGAACAUGUUUUAGGCUGUGAAGUCCUCCGCCUAGUUAUUAGUGUCCAUCCGUCCUACAGCCAGAGGCUUUCUGCCACAGUCGCGUCGCACACAAUCUUCUCAAGCCGUUCUUUACUGUUGUGUUGGCCCCCGUAAGCGCUGAUGCAGAUCCCUGGUGUGAAGGGGACCACUGGUAGCUGCGCGGGAGACGCGCUUUCCGUUGGCCCCCGUAAGCGCUGAUGCAGAUCCCUGGUGUGAAGGUGACCACUGGUAGCUGCGCGGGAGACGCGCUUCCCUUGGGGACGUACAGACACUACGUCACACCGCACCCCGUUUGUGGGGCGUUCGGAACAGGUGUGCGCAGUGUGCUCACAUAGCUAUCAUGUCAGGGUAUGUACAGCACAUCCGUAAGUAGUGGUUGCGUGUCUUAGCUGGCGCAUGCUCCGUUCUGUUCUUCUGCCCGCUGCUAAGGUUUGCCUCCGGAAAUGUCCUAAUUGAAAAAUGUCUACGGGGAAAGAAAGAAAGAUCAGUUAUUUGUUGUCCGAAUGAAUACUAUAUUUAUUGAACAAAUGCGAGGAUGUUCGGUGUGAUAUGGCAGACCACAUCCAUUUCACAGUGGUGCAGUCAUUGGCCGCCUUGAGCCGUGCUCUGAAAGUGAUAGCCGGUUUGGUGCGUACAUCGACGCCACACGCGGUAAGUGGCGCUCAAUUGUUACACCGGAGGAGCCCUGUCAUAGCACGGACCUCUUGCGUAUGGUGGCGGCAUUGUGAUCGCCAAGACCGGUGAGUGUCAUGACGUUUCCGGACAUGGUGUCGUGCGAUUCGUGAUGUGUUCGGCGAUGAGUGCCAUGACAUUUCCGGACCUGGUGUCGUGCGACUCGUGAUGUGUUCGGUGGCCGGCCUUCUUGUGCUCUGGAAGCUAUUGUGACUUUCGAAUAUAGAAUAAA